AUGAGUAGACCUUCAUCACCUUCAUUAACUAUUAAUAAUAAUCAACUAGAAUCAAAUUUAGACUUUACUACAAAAGAUUAUACUUUACAACAACAACAAAUGAAUUUACAAUGCCGGCAUAAUCAAACUAAUGAUAACUUUACAACCACAAAACAUCAACAAGAUAAACUAUCCAAUAAUUUUAACACACAUGAGCAAAACUUCGAACAAAAUUCUACACCUUCAAUUACCGAAGUUAGUAAAUCAACUAACGAUAAUGAUAAUGAAAUAAAGAAUACCACUGAUAACAAUAACAUAGUUCCAUCAACCUCAUCAACUCAACGUUCAUCAACUACUAGCUCAGAUCUACCAGUCUCUUCCAAUCAACUAAGUGGUCGAAAAGCUGCAAGAUCGUUAAGAAUAUUUCGAGGGAUUGAGGAUGAUCAACAGGAUGAAGAUGAAGCAACUGAUCAAAAUAAAUUAUCAAUUAUAAGUCCUGUAAAAGAAAAAAUCAUUACAGAAGGUAUUGAUCUAGAACCAGUUUCUUCGGCAACAUAUAUUCCUCAUACUCCAGCAACUUUAGAACAUCACAAUAUUCAUCAUAUACAUAACAACCAAGAUAAUUUAGAGAAACUUAUUAUUGCAAAAGAAUUCGAGGAACCAAUUACUCCAACAUUAUUACCAAGGCCUCAGCAUCUCACUGCAAACUUGGAGUUUGAUCAUGGAAUUAAUGGAGAUAUAACUAAAAUCUCAUCUGUAUAUACUAAUAAUCACAUUAAUGAAGUCAAGGAUAAUGAUAUAAAAAAUUUACAUAAUAAGGAUGAUGCUAAAGAAACAAUUGAAUUUGAGAAGAUAAAACGAUUUUCAAGAUCGUCAACACCAGUCUUAGAUUUUUUAGAACCAAAAAAUCAUGAAGUGGAGAAUAUUAUAAUACCAGGCACGGAAACUAUAGAGAGAAAAGAAGAAGAUAAUUUACUUACUGCUGAUGAUAGUCAACCAGGAUUGAAUGAAGUAGAAAAAUCAAGAUCAGAGGAAGGUGAAGGAACUUCAGAAUUUCCUUUAGCUGUAGAAUUGCGGCCUUUUAAAAAUAAAGUUGGUGGACAUACUGCUAUUUUUUCUUUCUCCAAGCAAGCUGUUUGUAAAGCUUUAGUUAAUAGAGAAAAUAUUUUUUAUGAAACUAUAGAAAUUCAUCACCCUGAACUUUUAAAAUUUAUGCCCAGAUAUAUUGGUGUUUUAAAUGUAAGGUAUUCAAGUAUAAUAAAUGAAGUUGAAGAAAAAAAUUUCAAUGAAGAACAAGAUAUGGAAGUCAAUGAAGAAGAUCAGUUGUCAUCAUUAUCACAAACAAAACUUAAUCAAAAAAAUGUACAAAACAUUAGAAGACAAUCAGAAAAUAUGCCACCAGAAGUUGUAUUAGACGAUAAUAAACAUAUUAUACCUGAUACCUUGUGGAAACAAUAUUCAAGUUCAUUACCAUCACCAAAAUACACUAAUUUAGAAAAUCAUAGUCCUGUUCCUAGUUUAACAAAUUCUCCAAUCCAAAGACCAAAUCCUGGCUCUACAUUAGUUAAUACUGAAUUACAAGUACAAGUUUUACAAGAAGUCUUUCAACCAAUGAGAAUACAUGAUGAAUUUUUCGAAAUGGAUGAGGAUAGAGCAUUAAAAACAACACCAUCAAAUCUUCCACUAGAUGAAAAUCAGGGCAAUAACAAUCCAGAAGACAGCAACCACCAGCAUCAUCAUCAUCAAUCACAAUCAAAUAUAGCAUCAAGUUCCUUAUUAUCAUCACCAGAUGUUUUACUUCGCAAACAUACAAGAUUUGAAAGAUUCAUAUUAUUAGAAGACUUAACAAGUAAUAUGAAGAGGCCAUGUGUAUUAGAUUUAAAAAUGGGUACUAGACAAUACGGUAUUGAAGCUAACCCAAAAAAGCAAAAAUCUCAACGACGCAAAUGUUUGUUAACAACAUCAAGAAAAUUAGGUGUAAGAGUUUGUGGCCUACAAAUUUUUAAAUACAAUAAACAAAGGAUUAUAAAAGAUAAAUAUUUUGGUAGGAGAAUAAAAAUUGGUUUACAAUUUUGUAAAAUAUUAGCAAAAUUCUUGUAUGAUGGUAAAGUAAUUUUUUCAAUAUUAAAUAAAAUCCCCGAUUUGAUAAUAAAAUUGAAAUCAUUAUUCGAAAUUUUUAGUCAUUUACCAGGUUAUAGAAUGUAUGGAUCGCUGAUAUUGUUAAUGUAUGAAAGUGGGAACGUGGAAAAUCAAGUUAAAGUUAAGAUUAUAGAUUUUGCUCAAUCUGUUGUAUCAGAAGAAGAAAAAGAAAAAUCAAGCAUACCUCCGUAUCAUCCAAACUCUGCUGAUGAAGGUUAUUUAAAAGGUUUGCAUUCAUUAAUCGAAUAUUUCACAAUAAUUUUUCAAAUUUUAAGUGAAACUAAUAUGGAAGAUCCAACAAAAAUGAGCGAAUGGGUGGAUUUAAAUAAAGAUAAAGUUGAAAAUGUUAAUUGUACAUGGUUAGAUGAUUAUGCAGAAUUAGAAAACGAAAUUGAUGGAGGUAUAAACUUAAUUGAUGAAAAUGAUCCUUUCAAUAUAGUUUACUCAACUGAUAAUCCAGAUGACGAUAAUUUAUCCGAAUGA